AAUGAAGUCAUACUUUGACACUUACAUUCCUAAAAUGACGGCGAAGCUAUUAGUGUUGCUUGUGGUUGUGGCCGCUUUGGCCGAAGCUCAAGUCACUCAAAUCACGCUGCCAGAUGAAAACCGCAACCACAUAUCAAACCCGCUCAUUGGUUUCGGAAUAUCGAUUCCCAAAUUUUGGUUUGACAUUCUCCAAAGUUGCCACGUCAUCUACCCCAACGGAUUUACCUACGAAGUCUACCCUAACAACAACCUUCCUGCUGGUCCCAUCUCGUUCACUCCAGCUGUCCAACCUUUUACUGCUUGUGGAGUUGGUUUCCUCCACCCUCCAGAAUCUUUUAGUGGGGUUUAUGAACUGAUGUCGUUGGUUAACCAUACUGAUGCUUCGUUCACUCUGACUCGACAGCGUUUCAAUAUAGUUAUCACCAUGUCCGAACUCUGGCAAGCUGAUGACGACCAAAAAAUCUAGUCAAUUUUUCUAGUCACCGGAGAACUAUGUUUUUAAAAAACUGAUUCGGAAAUUAAAUUACAUGCUUAUUUGACUAUA